AUGAUUCCAGUUAUUGUAUCAUCAUCAUCAUCAUCAUCAUCAUCAUCAUCAUCAUCAUCAUCAUCAUCAUCAUCAUCAUCAUCAUCAUCAUCAUCAUCAUCAUCAUCAUCAUCAUCAUCAUCAUCAUCAUCAUCAUCAUCAUCAUCAUCAUCAUCAUCAUCAUCAUCAUCAUCAUCAUCAUCAUCAUCAUCAUCAUCAUCAUCAUCAUCAUCAUCAUCAUCAUCAUCAUCAUCAUCAUCAUCAUCAUCAUCAUCAUCAUCAUCAUCAUCAUCAUCAUCAUCAAACGACAUCAUAUGA